AUGGCGGCGCCCAUGUCGCCCUUGGUUACUGUGCGCUGCCUGCUGCGGGCUUCCGCGCAGCGCGCUGGCCUCCUGCUACCGGCGCCGGCCGCCGCCCUGCGGAGAGCAUACACAGCUCAGGUAGAUGAGAAGACAGUCCCUGGUACUCCUGCAGAUGCUAAUGCCAAAGCCUUAUUGGUUUGCAGUGGACCUUUAGAACAUUAUGACUUUCUGAUUAAGCAAAAAGAGCUGAAGAAUGAUGAGCAUCAAAGAAGAGUUGUGCAGCACCUGCAGAAGUUGCAUGAGAGCCUUAAAGGCUACAGCAUCAGUUCAAAAAAUCUUCUCUCAAAGUUCUUUGCAAAAAGCACCCCCCCAAAAGGUCUUUAUGUCUACGGAGAUGUUGGCACAGGAAAGACAAUGGUGAUGGACAUGUUCUAUUCUCACUUAGAAAUAGAAAAGAAAAAGAGAGUCCAUUUUCAUGGCUUCAUGCUAGAUGUACAUCAGAGAAUACAUCGCCUUAAGCAGAGCUUGCCAAAAAGAAAGGCAGGAUUAAUGGCCAAAUCAUAUGACCCAAUUGCUCCAGUAGCAGAGGAAAUAAGUGAAGAGGCUGCUCUUUUAUGUUUUGAUGAAUUUCAGGUCACUGACAUUGCUGAUGCCAUGAUUCUGAAGCAGCUUUUUGAAAAUCUGUUCCAAAAUGGGGUUGUCGUUGUGGCAACAUCUAACAGGCCUCCAGAAGAUCUCUAUAAAAAUGGUCUUCAGAGAGCUAAUUUUGUACCAUUCAUUGCUGUGCUGAAGAAGUACUGCAGCACAGUGCAGCUUGAUUCUGGAAUAGACUACAGGAAACGAGUGCUUCCUGCUGCUGGAAAACUUUACUACCUCACAAGUGAAGCUGAUGUGGAGGCUGUCAUGGAUAAGUUGUUUGAUGAGCUGGCUCAGAAACAAAAUGAUUUAACUAGACCAAGGAUUCUAAAAGUGCAAGGCAGAGAGCUGAGGCUGAAUAAAGCAUGUGGAACCAUUGCAGACUUCACGUUUGAAGAGCUGUGCGACAGGCCUCUUGGAGCCAGUGACUAUUUGGAAGUAUCAAAGCACUUUGACACAGUCUUUGUUCGUGACAUACCGCUUCUUACAAUGGCAAAAAGGACCCAAGCUCGUCGCUUCAUUACUCUUAUUGAUACCUUUUAUGAGCAUAAGGUGCGUAUUAUUUGUUCUGCAGUGGCUCCUCUCCAAAGUUUGUUCCUGGUAGAACAUGACAGUGGUGAGGUAGAGAACAACAGAGUCUUGAUGGAUGAUUUGGACUUGAGCCAUGAUUCCGCCAAAGGACUCUCCAUGUUCACAGGAGAAGAGGAAAUCUUUGCCUUUCAGCGUACUCUCUCUCGGCUUACAGAAAUGCAGACUGAACAGUACUGGAAAGAUGGAGACAGAAGCAAAAAUACGUUGUAAUUAAAAGUUGAAUAAAAUCAUCAAGAAGUAAAACUACAGAAUUGGAAAGGUUUUUAGCACAACUGAAAUAAUAAUUGCACUUUAUCAUCUGGACCAUAUUUUCUUUCAUCAGUUGUUUUUUUGUGCUUAAGAAAUGAGGACUUGAUUAUUUCUCAGUACCAUCAGUGUGUGGACAUGUGAAAUUUUGUCCUGAUUUUCUUUUCUGUAAAAUACAAUUUUGAUGUUCAGUAAGUUCAAUGAGAUUAGAAUUUUUCCGGAGAAUUGGUCUAGAGACAAAGUUGAUGGGCUAUGCAGGGUUCACAGUAGAUUUAGAAUGUCACGUGAAGAGGGCACUUAAUGGUUGAUGCAGUGUUUCUGUCAUGUACAAUGCAGUUAGCACAAGAGAAAAAUCAAAUACUGUAUUUAUGAAACUCCUGAUAUUGUAUAGGUCCCUGAUAGAAUUCUGGAACUGCUCUGUUGUGUAUUCUGUUGUGGGUUUAUUUGCCCCCUAUUUUCUGUGUGGAGCCAUCUGCUGACUUUUCAGGCUCUAAGUUUCUGGUAAUCAGCCUGUUGCUCAGUUUAGUUCAUUAUGAACUAAUGGUUUGAGCCAUACAAGAACCCUGAGGAGGAGAUUGAAGGUGAUUGAAACUGUACACAAUUAAAAUCAAGGUAAACACUGAUGGGAAAAGAAACUAUGACAGGACAGUGUAUACUGUAACAUAUAAGUGCAAGUUAAUACUCUUUAAAUUUUUCAGUUCUUGCACGCCUCGAUAUGCUGCCUUUACACCAGUGUUAUAUGUCUACCCUGGAUUUUCUCAGGCUUCAUCUAUACCAAACCUUAUAUUGCUUCUAGCACACCUGCUCUGGUCUGGGGAAAGUGAUCCUGCCCCUCUACUCUGCUCUUAUGAGACCUCACCUGGAGU